CGGCGAGCGAUACUACUUUUAGGACCUCCCCGAUAAGUCUUCGGUCGAAAUAUUUGACGUACGUAAGUAAGGGUGACUGGCUGGCUGGCUGUGCCGAGGACCAAAAAAAACAAUGUUAUUAUAUAAUAUACCUAUCAUUAUACACACACACAUAUAUAUGUGUGUAGUAAACUUAAACUCUUCUUUGCUCUCAUAAGCUCCUUUCUUACCACUUCACGUUUUUUGCAUUGCGGUAUCAUUCAUAGAAUUCGUUUUGCUUGAGUAGAUAUAGACGUGAAUCAAUAUGUCUACCAGCGCAUUGGUCCCUAACGAUCCUCGGGUCGAACACAAGUUCACCUCGUUUGGGGAUAUAACGUACCACUAUAUGUUGACUAAGCCGGAGCGCAAGCCCAUUGCCACAGUUCUUCUCAUUCAUGGCUUCCCUGACCUUGGCAUGGGAUGGCGAUAUCAGGUCCCUUACCUGUUGUCACUGAAUCUACAGGUCAUUGUUCCGGAUAUGUUGGGAUACGGACGCACCUCCGCUCCAGAGUCCCACGAAGAGUACACUUUAAAGAAGAUGACGGCUCAUAUGGCGGCCAUCGUCAAGGAGAACACACCUGAGCCGAUUAUCCUCGGUGGCCAUGAUUGGGGCGGUCUUCUUGUUUGGCGUAUGGCACAAUACUAUCCGGAAUUAAUCCGUGCAGUUUUCAGUAUUUGCACGCCUUUCAUACCUAUGUCGACGGUUAAGCAUUCACUAGAGGAUGUGGUGAAAAGGAGACCGCACUUCAGAUACCAGCUCCAGCUGGCUAGUCCCGUCGCGGAGAACAUAGUUAACAAAUCGCCCGAAAAUUUGCGAGGAUUCAUUAACGGCAUAUUCGGUGGCAGGACGCCGGAAGGCAAGCCUGCGUUUAGCGUGGAUGUUGGCGUCAUCGAGGAGAACGUAGCUAGGGUCGAGCCGUCUCCGUUAGUCAGCCGAGAGAUGAUUGACUUUUACGUCCAGGAGUAUUCGCGGAACGGCCUGCACGGACCGACCAACUGGUAUCGCACCCGUGCGCUCAACGCCGAUGAUGAGCAGGAGCAGGCGAAGAACGGCGAAUUCAAGUUCCCGAUGCCGGCCAUGUUGGUCGUGGCCGAGAAGGACGCCGCGCUACCGGCCGCCAUGGCAGAGGGCCAGGAGAAACAUUUUGCUGGCGGCCUCAAACAGGAGAUUAUUCCCGGAAGUGGCCACUGGGUCUUGGUCCAAUGUCCCGAGCUCGCUAACAAGCACAUCGGCGAUUUCAUCAAAAGCGUUCUCGGAGACGAAUUGAAGGCAUCCUUAUAAGCCAUCUAGUCGGUUCAUAUGCAGUCUGAUAUUGCUACUGCAUGGUGUCUAUCUGUUGGUUUGUUGGGUUGCUUGCUGUGUGUUAGGACGGGCGAUAUGAGGAUCGCCUCUAUAUCGUCGUAUAACUGUUAUGUAUCCACCGCGGUGGCGUGUGUCAAUACCCCGUGUUGGUUCAGUGCACGUAUACUUAUUCUUGGUUAUUAAAUAACAUAUAGACUUAUGAUG